UUAUCCUUUGCCUCCACUUGAUCCAUCUCUCCACUCCCCUCCAUCAAGAAUUCCAUUUCUUUUUCUUAAAAAAAAGAAUUCCAUUUCUUCCGUGGGAUUUCCGCGAUUUUUUCCUCGCUCGGUUUCUUGUGGGGGCCUGCGAGGCGGGGGAAGGCAAAGCAGCGCAGCAAAAGUUGCGAUCUUUAUCGGCUGGAUUCCUCUCCCCCUUUCUCUCUCUCCUCGCCCUCCGCUUCCUUUGUGCUUCGUUGUUGAGACCCACUUGCCUUUCUUCUCUCUCAUCCCCCCUUCCAACUCCUCCAGUCCUCCUGUUCCCUGGAAAGAAAAAAAAAGAGGAGAUCUUUUGGUGCAAGAUUCGAUCAGCUGUUGCCGCCUUGCUGCACAGAGAUUUGCUCCUUUCUUGGCCCGUUUGGCUUGGUGGUUUAUUGGAGUGGCACGGCUUUCUUUUUCUUGGCUGUUGCAGUUCUUGAUCCAGGCUCGGAUUGCUGGGGUGGAUGGUUGCCCUGAGGCCGAGAUUGCUGCUCGUCGGGUGAUUCCUUGGUCGCUUCUGGUGGCGGUGGCCUCGUUUGAUCCGUUUCUUUGGGAGAUUUUGGUUGAUGUGUUGGGUUUCCUCGGAGCUCAGUUCCCCAAUUCGCCAUUUUGAUGAGGAGUUCUUCCUACUGUGAGAGCAACUGCGCUCCUCCUCUGUGCUACCUGCCCUGCCUCCUCAAAUCCAAAGACGAUGCAGGGGGUGAUCUGGAAUCCGAGUCUCCGAGCCCGGCAGCUGUCGCUGAGGACAAGCCGCCCGUGGUCCAGAAGAUUGAGGAAGCCGCGGCGGCGACCGGCGGCGGCGAUGACGACGACGAUGAUGAGAAGGGCUGUAAGGAGGUGGCGGUGGCUUCCAAGAGCUGCUUGAAGAGGGCUGAUUGUGUGGACAGCAGUAAAAAUGUGGUAAAAGGCAAUGUGAAGUGGAAGGAUUUGUUGGGGAAAGAUCUCACACAAGUCAAGGAAUUCGAGCCAAGCGAAUCCGGAGACUCGGACGACGACGAAGACGCCGGCGCCUGCACCUGUGUCAUCCAAUGAGCCCGGGGGGGUCUCCACUGUAAAUUCUGUGAAGAAAAAGAAAAACAAAAACAGAAGAGAAUUGCCUGAGUCAGCCAUUAGUCAUUGUGAGUAGAGGGUAGAGAGCAGCAGGUCCAUUGUUGUGUGUGGGUAUGUGGAUGGCAACGGCGCCAUGGCUUGUGUUGUCUUUCGUCAGCAGCUUCAACAGUAAAAUGUUGUUACAAAUGCAUAGCUUUAGAAGGUUUCCGCCAAAUGUGUCAUUCUUCUGUCUGAACUUUGUCAUGCUUGCUGUGGCUGAGACAUUCUCGUUUUCGUUUC